UGAAGUUGUCAAUAUCACUGUCGGAAUUUGAGUGUUUAAUGUUUAUAAAAUAUGUUUUAGUAUUUUAUCCUAGUUUCACCGUAUAUAUUAUUCAAUUAAUUUAAUAUAUUUAUUAGUUAUAAAACUGAUAUUUGGAAUGGGACACACAUUAUUAUAAUGGAAAUAUACAUGGAGAAAGUUUCGAUAAUUACGCCGUAGUGGGACUAACAAAAUGCUAAUAUGUAUUCCGUCUUUCUGUUUUUGUUUUAUUGAAAUAAAAGGGAAAUCCUUAUUACAUUUGAAAAUGUGGUACGCAGCUUUAUUACGAUUUAUUCGAAGACGAUUAGUAUUGGGUAUAAUAUUUGCGUCAUCUUUAACGUAUUGCAUUGUUAGUUUCUUAAAAGAGGGACACGGUAGAAAUAUGGUUUACCAAGAUAUAUCUCUUGAAAAGAAACCAUUUGUAUGGAGAACACUUCAGGAGCAUAAUGAAACCAAUGAAAUAGCAUGUAGAAAUUCACUUCAAGGCAAAUCAGUUUUAGUUGAUGACCGAGGUUAUAUAUGUCAACGGGAAGACUUAGCCAAGAAUGGUUGCUGUAACAUAGAAAGUGAAAACACAAAGCGGUAUAGCUGCAAGUCAUGUAAUGAAAGCAGCUGUUGUAUUAUGUUUGAAUACUGUGUGUCCUGCUGCAUAGAUCCUACUAAGAGAAGUAUGCUUCAAAUUGUACUUUCAAAACUCUCAACGGACGAGAAUGUGUUAUUUCAUUCAAUAACUGAUGAUUAUGAGUUGUGUAUGACGAAGUGUCGCACCAGCUCUCACAGUGUCCUACACGAGAAUUCCUACAAGAAUCCAGCCCAUAAAUAUUGCUUUGGCAAUGGAGUGUUGGAAACUAAACCACCCGAUUAGCAGUUACUACUACGGAUAUUACGUAGGACUGUGCAGUUAAGUGUUAAACAAUUUGCCUGAGGAUUAUACAAUUAUAUACAUAAAUGACAUUUUGUGCUUAACCACGACAUUUAUUAGGUUAUACUUGUUUCGUAUUUUACCAAUAAUAUAUCCACGUUUAUUUUGUUUUCCAAAACAAACUAUGAGGCUUUUUGACGUGAAUAAUUUUAUAUAUUAGAAUAACAAAUGAAUAAUAAAAAUAACAAAUACAAUUGUCAAUUUAAAUUCUUAUAUUAAAACUUUUUAAUUUAAUUAUGUAAUCAAGUAUUUUACGUACUUACCUAUCAAAUAAAUGUUGAAAAUUGUAACCGGUUAAAAAUAAGGAAUUCCAACAAAAGAGGUUG